UGAAGAGACAGAGGCAUAUUGCUUUUGUAACAUUUCUUCUGUGUGAUUUUAUUAAUAUGACUUUAACAAAUGGAGUAUGUAGUCGGGAAGGAGAACCUUUCAAAUGUUGUCCAAACAACUAUCAAAUCAACAUGACCUGUGUUCAAUGCCCACCUGGACGUUUCGGCAUUAACUGUUCAGAUGAUUGUCCGCCAAUUCAUUAUGGCAAGAAUUGUGCAUAUCUGUGCAAUUGUAGCGACAGUUACGAAUGUGAUGCUGUAACUGGAUGUAAGCUUGUGACUACAGGGACAGGAUACGGACUGGAAAGUGACCCUGUCCCUAACGAUGAUGGUGUUAAACCAGGUGUAUUGGCUGCCGUGGUGAUUGUUUUGAUUGUCUGUGUAACCAGCAUUAUCGUUAUUUCUGUUUUCCUUAUAAAAAGAAGAAACACCUUCAGUAUAAAGAAUACAGACGCAAGGAGACACCUGGCUAAGCCUUAUGUCAUUAAAGAUUUAAAUACCUUAAGUGACAGUUUUAAUGAAAAAGACAAUGCAUUAUAUUCAGAGGUUAUAAGAGAUAUUAAUCAGAAAAAGCAGCAGUACAACCACAAUCCUGCUUCUAGCGGCAACAUCUAUUGUUCCCAUGUAAUUCCAGAUUCUACAUAUGACAAACUUCAAUUUCAUCCAAAAACAGAGACAAUAUUGAGAGAUAAUGAACUAUAUGGCGCAAAUAUCUAAGAUUGAAUGUAUCAGAAAACAUCGAAUUUG